ACAGAGAGCGAGAAACGGAAGAUACAGAAGGCUUAUAUGUACAGCACAAGCAAAGAGAUACUGCUGUUUUGUUCCUUUAACCACCUGCAUGUGCACUGAUAGAUAGAAUGUGCAAGUGGAAGAUUUAAAUGACAAGAUUGAAUGUGACUCUGCCGUUGCUGCCCCUCCGGCAGGCAGCCCAUUCACAAACAGCGGACCGCUUCAAGCGCUUUGACAGGGGAGCAGAUGAGGAAAUUCUGAGUGACACUUCUCAUGCGUGGAAUUUUUCAUCUUGUUUUCAAUCUCGCUUGUUUUCUGGAGACCAAAUCUUGGCUGUGGUCCAGUUCAUCAGGCUGAGCUGAGGAAGCUGAAUAAAGCCGGGAAGAUAUGCGAAGGAAAAGCAGAGAAGCAAUCAGCGUGAGUGCAGCGUCUGUUUGCACCUGCCACUGAAAAGACAGCUCUGCCAGCACGGCUUUUGUCGUCCGCUUGCCUGCCUUCCUGGCGAAUGAGAGAGGGAGGCCUCUCGGCCGAGGGGAAUGGAAUCCAGCCAUGCGGCUCUGACUGGAGUUGUUGUUUGCCUUGUGCUGUCAGUGGGCAGCCAGUGCCUGCAUUCUCCUCCUGCUGCUGCUACUGACUGUUUCCAGAUCAUCUCCAGUGUGUAGGCUGAAAAUAUUCUCUGCUUGCUUCUGCCCUUCCACUUUUAGCCACUCUUCAGUUGAAGCAAGUGAUAAACAACUUUAUUACUCGAAUCAAAUUACCAGAUGAAUGAUUUGACCAAGUGUUAAGUGUAACUUGAUCAAUUUAAUGCAGGGUUUUUUUGCUCCUAACACUGAUUCUGCAUCUCUGGAGAACUGCGCUGCCCUGAAUAUUUUUCUAUUUUCAUCCCCCGAGGUGCCAUUUUUAUCAUUAUCUGUCUGCCGGUUUUGCAGUGACUGUAGUUUCCAUAGAAAUGAAGAUAUCCGGGAAUCUCUGGAGACUAAGAGCGUUAGAAUGAGGUGAAGAAGAGGCACAGGUUCUGUUUUCUUUAGCCCCCCCGAGUUAAAAGAGGUUUUGAUUCGUUGUGGAGGUCACCUAUGCUGAAUGAGUGUAUGAAGAAUAAGUUUAAGAGAGACGCUUAUUUCCCAGCCGUUUCUUACUUUCGUGGAAGCAAAGAUACAGAGACAGGCUGUUCUGAACUCUCUCCUUUCUCUGAACAGCCUGAUGCAAACACUGAUCUGGAAAGAAGAAUGUGAGCCAUGUAUUGAAUUUGUCCUUCAGUGCCCUGAGGUUGAACUGUGCUCCUGAAUUUUUUCAGUUUUUGGAAUACCUUUUGUAACUUUGUCAAAUAGUGAAUUAUUUCCCCCAUGAAUGUCUGGUGCUAUAAGGAAAGACAAGUUACAAAUAAUACUGUUGUAGCUUUUGUCUUCAAUAGUUGUUCAAUAGUCCUUUGCUAAUCUCAUAGGAUGAUCGCAUCAGUGUUUUGCUGUGGAUGAGAAUGACAUCAGCAAAGAGUGAAUUCCCAGCACUACAACCCAAAGCCGGGUCUCUGACAGAUCAUUUGUGCCUCAUGGAGAGCUGUUAAUUCUCGAGGAAAGGACUCUAUCCUUGAUUUGGAAAGUGGAACAGCUUCACUAAAGUUGGGAUCCAGAUAUAAGACAGAAAAAUGGAUGACUCCAGUAUAUUAAGACGGAGAGGCCUUCAGAAGGAGCUGAGUCUUCCUAGAAGAGGCAGUUUCUGUCGGACGAGCAACAGAAAGAGUUUAAUAGUGACAUCCAGCACGUCUCCAACGCUGCCUCGACCCCAUUCACCACUGCACGGGCAUCCAGGAAGCAGCCCAUUGGACAGCCCUCGCAAUUUCUCCCCCAACACUGCAGCCCACUUCUCUUUUGUACCAGCUAGAAGCCAUGGACACAGGGCUGACAGGACUGACGGUCGUCGCUGGUCUCUCGCCUCUCUGCCGUCCUCUGGCUAUGGAACAAACACCCCCAGUUCAACAGUCUCGUCAUCAUGUUCAUCUCAGGAGAAGCUGCACCAGUUGCCCUUCCAGCCCACCGCCGACGAGCUGCAUUUCCUCACCAAACACUUCAGCUCGGAGAGCAUCACGGAUGAGGAUGGGAGACGAUCCCCAGCCAUGCGUCCGCGCUCCCGCAGUCUCAGCCCUGGACGGUCACCGAUAUCAUUUGACCAUGAGAUUGUCAUGAUGAACCAUGUCUACAAGGAGCGUUUUCCUAAGGCCACUGCUCAGAUGGAGGUGCGUCUGGCCGAUUUCAUAUCCUCCUCAGCUCCUGAAAAAGUCAUGCCUUUAGCUGACGGCGUCCUGAGCUUCAUUCACCACCAGGUUAUCGAACUGUCUCGGGACUGUCUGGACAAAUCUCGUGAGGGUCUCAUCACCUCCCGCUACUUCUAUGAGCUACAAGAGAACCUUGAGAAGCUACACCAGGAUGCUCAUGAGCGUUCAGAAAGUGUGGAGGUGACAUUUGUCACCCAGCUGGUUAAGAAGCUGAUGAUAAUCAUUGCCCGUCCUGCCCGGCUGCUAGAAUGUUUGGAGUUUGACCCGGAGGAGUUCUACCACCUGUUAGAGGCUGCUGAAGGUCAUGCUAAAGAAGGUCAAGGCAUCAAGUCUGACAUCCCUCGAUACAUCAUCAGCCAGCUGGGCCUCACCAGGGACCCCCUUGAGGAAAUGGCCCAGCUGAGCAGCUAUGACAGCGGUAACCCUGAAACGCCAGAGACAGAGACGGAUUCCACAGAUAGUCGAGGAGCAACCGUAAAGCCACCCCAACCUCAGCCUCAACCACAGCCCAAGACUAAAACACCUCGCGAGGAAGACUUCGAGACCAUAAAACUCAUCAGUAAUGGAGCCUAUGGGGCUGUGUUUCUGGUGAGGCAUAAGGAGACUCGUCAGCGAUUUGCCAUGAAGAAGAUCAACAAGCAGAACCUGAUCCUAAGAAACCAGAUCCAGCAGGCCUUUGUGGAAAGAGACAUCUUGACAUUUGCAGAAAACCCUUUUGUUGUCAGCAUGUUCUGUUCCUUUGAGACGAGGAGACAUCUUUGCAUGGUUAUGGAGUAUGUGGAGGGUGGGGAUUGUGCCACUCUGCUCAAGCACAUUGGAGCUCUGCCUGUGGACAUGGCACGCAUGUACUUUGCUGAAACCGUUCUUGCAUUGGAAUACCUUCACAACUAUGGCAUUGUGCACAGAGACCUCAAACCUGACAAUCUCCUGAUUACCUCAAUGGGACACAUCAAACUGACUGACUUUGGCCUGUCCAAGAUUGGUUUAAUGAGCUUAACAACUAAUCUGUAUGAGGGCCACAUUGAAAAAGAUACUCGUGAAUUCCUGGACAAACAGGUGUGUGGUACUCCUGAAUACAUUGCUCCUGAGGUUAUUCUGCGACAGGGUUAUGGAAAACCAGUGGACUGGUGGGCCAUGGGAGUCAUCUUGUAUGAGUUUCUGGUGGGCUGUGCUCCUUUCUUUGGGGAUACACCUGAAGAACUGUUUGGACAAGUCAUCAGUGAUGAGAUAAUCUGGCCAGAAGGUGAUGAAGCUUUGCCUCCUGAUGCUCAAGAUCUCAUCUCCAAACUUCUUCGGCAGAACCCUCUGGAGCGUCUUGGGACAGGGAGUGCGUUUGAAGUAAAACAGCACCGCUUCUUUACUGAUCUGGACUGGAACAGCCUUCUGAGGCAAAAGGCUGAGUUCAUUCCUCAGCUGGAGUCAGAGGAUGACACUAGCUACUUUGACACACGCUCAGAUCGAUAUCAUCAUGUGGACUCAGAAGAAGAAGAUGACACAAAUGAUGACGACCAUUUAGAGAUCCGUCAGUUCUCCUCCUGUUCACCACGAUUCAGCAAGGUGUAUAGUAGUAUGGAGCGUCUUUCCUUGCAUGAGGAAAAACGCACCCCUCCUCCUACUAAGCGCAGUCUGAGUGAAGAGGGAGGAGAGCGGAUCGACAGUCUAAGUGGCCUUAAGUCCAGAGACCGAAGCUGGUUGGUGGGCUCACCUGAAAUUCUCAGGAAGCGUCUCUCUGUUUCCGAGUCUUCUCACACCGAAAGUGACUCGAGUCCACCUCUGACUGUACGUCGUCGCUGCUGCUCGGCCAUCAUCGAAAUGCCUCGGUUUGCCAUAUCCAGUGAGGAGGAUGGAUGUAUGGGGAGCAGGAAGACCCCUGUGAGAGGCCCUCGUGGGGAUGAUCUGCCUCAGGCCAUACCAGAGCUCCCUGUGGAGAGAGAGCUCAGGCUGGAUGAAUCGCCCACCACGCCAGGAUCCACUUCCAGUCAAAUCAGCCAGUCCACACUCACACCUGGUAGUUCUGGUGAUGUGUUGGAUCGAGCUUCUCGAUAUAGUGCUGAAGUUUCUGAAAUCUCCACUCCAAGAGCCAUCAGUGAUUUGGCGGCUCGAAGAGCUCGUCACAGACUGCUUUCAGGAGAUACAGAUAAACACACAUCACGUCCACUUAGCAAAGUCAUCAAAUCAGCAUCAGCUACAACCCUGUCACUUAUGAUCCCUGCUGAUCACCAUGGUGCUUCUCCACUGGCCAGUCCCAUGUCGCCUCACUCUCUCUCUUCUAACCCAUCAUCACGUGACUCCUCGCCCAGCCGAGACCUUUCCCCAGCUGUCUGUUGUGUUAAACCUGCCAUAAUCAUCCACCGAGCUGGAAAGAAAUAUGGUUUUACUUUACGUGCAAUCCGGGUUUACAUGGGAGACACAGACAUCUAUACUGUCCACCACAUGGUCUGGCAUGUGGAGGAUGGAGGACCUGCUCAUGAGGCUGGACUGAGAGAGGGAGAUCUCAUCACACAUGUUAACGGAGAGCCUGUCCAUGGACUUGUGCACACAGAAGUUGUUGAGCUCAUUCUCAAGAGUGGCAGUAAGGUGUCCAUCUCUGCUACACCCUUUGAGAAUACAUCAAUUAAGGUUGGUCCUGCACGCAAAACCAGCUACAAGUCCAAAAUGGCCCGGCGCAACAAAAGAACCAAAACUAGAGAAGGACAAGACAGUAAGAAGAGGAAUUCCCUCUUCCGUAAGAUCACCAAACAGGCGACUCUUCUCCACACCAGUCGCAGCCUGUCCUCUCUGAACCGCUCGGUCUCUUCUGGUGAGAGUGUCCCAGGCUCUCCUACACACAUGUCGCCUCGUUCACCCACACAGGGCUGCCGUUCAACACCUGACUCUGCCCACUCAGUUGGUGGGAACUCAUCCCAAAGUAGCUCACCUAGCUCCAGUGUGCCAAACUCUCCUGCCAGUUCUGGCCAGAUCAGACCCAGCUCCUUGCAUGGUCUGGCUCCCAAGCUGCAGCGCCAGUACCGUUCCCCCCGCCGAAAGUCUGCAGGCAACAUCCCUUUAUCCCCUCUGGCCCGUACACCAUCGCCCACUCCACAGAGCACUUCUCCCCAGCGUUCUCCUUCUCCCCUGCCAAGCCAUGGGCUCAUCACUUCUUCAAUAGGCCAGUCUUUUCCUGUCAAACUGCACUCUUCGCCUCCAUUAGUAAGACAGAUAUCCCGGCCAAAGAGUGCAGACCCUCCUCGCUCUCCUCUGCUCAAACGAGUCCAGUCUGCAGAGAAACUCGCCGCCUCUCUUUCUUCUUCAUCCUCCUCUCCUUCUCCCUCAUCUGCUGCUGAUAAAAAGCUUCCAGUUGGUGCCAGCCGCAAACACAGUCUUGAUACCUCACAUUCAGAGUUUAAAAAAGAGAUGCUGCAGCGAGACCCUAGUUUACAGAGCCUGCAGGAGUCAGCCAGUGAGACUCUGAUGGGAGGAAGAGUGUCUCCUGCAGAAAAGGGCAGCCUGCAGAAAAGUUCAGUGCGUAAACUGGGCAGACAAGAAGGUCCAGAAUCUGGAACAGGAACUCUGGGACUUGUUCCUGGAAAGAGUAAAUUGAAAGACAAGUUGUCUGCCAUACGUGCUGAACGCCGUGAGUCUCUUCAAAAGCAGGAUGCCAUCCAUGAAGUGGAUUCAUCUGAAGAUGAGACAGACGAAGGGUCGGAAGACAGCCAAGAUGGGCGCAGGACAAGCUAUGCUCCUCCUAGCCAUGUCUUGAGGCCUACAACUGUAAUGGCCUCUCCCCAUACCAUAAGAAUGGGGCCAGCGGCACCACCAACACUGGGACUUAUUCCUUCAACAGUUGCACCCCCAGGCUCACCUCAGCUCAUCAGAGGACUGCAGAUUCAAAACCAAAGUACCACUCAAUCUCAGACACAGACUUCAACCUCACAGCCAAUGCAAGCUGCAGUUAAGCCCCCAGAACAGAAACCAAUAACCUCUGUUAAAGACUCAAGUUCAACGAUAAUUGAGGACUCGAAAAAGGAGUCACAGGCACAAGACAUUCAGUCCAGGCCUUCUCCACAUCAACCCAGUCCUCUGUCUAGUACCUUUUCCACCCAAGGCAGCGCCUUUACCUCCGUUAGUAAAGACCCAUUUGUCAAGCCCACCACACCUCCAUUGGAUCCCCGGAGGACCCCCAAAAUGUCUGAGCCAAGGUCAAAAAUCAGUGGUAGAAUUGAUUCUAGCACUACUUCUGGAGUAGCCAGGGAUACCCCAGUUGCGACUACCCCAACAGGAGGAAUCACUAAGGAGAUGAAGGAGGCUGACAAUCGCAGACAGGCUGCAGCUGCCGCUGCUGCUACUGCCGCUGCUGCUACCACCUCUGCAUCCACUGCCUCUGAAAGUGGAGUGGAUAAAGUUGUGUCUCAGCUAGCCACUGUGGCCAAGAGUGUGCUUGGACCUGUCAAGCUGAAUAUCCCAGGCACUAAAGAGACCUCGGAACGAACAAAGGACCAGCGUACCCAGGCAGAUGCCACCAACCCAAAGAUAAAAGAAUGUCGCCUGGAGCAUCCUGAUUCCCCUGACCAAUUGAGUUCAUCUGCUGCUUCAGGCUCCCAGUCUCCACGACUGACUGAAUCUCCAUCUAAACAAACAUCAUCCAAAUCUGAGCCAGCCUCAACUUCUCACAGACCUUUAGAGGUCCCUGGGACUUCCAAAAGACAAACUUCUCCAAACCCCCAAGCUAGGGAAGAGCAUCAGGAUAGGUCAGGAACUCUGCAAAGUGGCACCACAUCAAGGCCUAGGUCUGAAGCACAAUCACAGACCCAGCAGGCAAAGCCCAGUUCCACUGUGUCACGAGAUAAAUCCAACAAGACAACGUAGCAGCCUUGCAGAAGACCCAGCUUUAACUUAACACGCCUAUUAACAGACAAAUACAUAUUGUAACGCAAGGCAGUUGUGUUGUUUAAUGUCAAUAUCCGUGUGAAAUGAUUGUGGAAAGGGAGAUGAUGUUUACAGGUGAGCCCAACAGCUUUAUUUCAGAAGGUUUUAUGCUCUGCCAUUCAUAAAUAAUUGAGGCUAUGUUCUUUUUUUUUUGUUUGUUUUGCUUUUCUUGCUUUUCCUUUUUAACUAUUUUUUCCUCAGCAGCCACAAAAACUAGAAAAAAAUGUGUAGUUCUGCCCUCUGAGAGAGAGCGCAACCAUGUCCACUAUAGCAGUGUAUUACCUCUUCAUAUUAUCUUUAUAUUACUUUAAGAAUCUUUUAUUGUAGUAGGUAUAGUUGUGCCUUAAAGCUCCACCUCACACUUUCACUUGUAUUUCUUUCUGCCUAUUCAUCUUUGGAAGAAGACAUAUUGCAGCAAUAAGAGUAGCGUAUCUGGAGCAAUUUUUACUAACACACAGCUGAUUGCAUCACACUUGUAGAAUAAGAAAACCAAACUGUUUGCGUUUUUUUUUUCCUUCUUGCACUCAUCUCAGCUUUCAGUUGUGUUGAUAUGCUGAGAUGUAUGUCUAUGAAUAUCAACCUGAAAUGUUCACAGCCAUCACCAAUGUUGAGACUGAAACUGACAGUGGUAUCGCUGGUGUAAAUUGGCAGAAUGACAGCCAUUAAGUGCACAAAUGACAUCCUUACAUGUUACUCAGUGCUCGAAAUUAAAAGAUGUUGCUAAAGAUUAUUUGGAAUUACUCAUGUUGUGAUCUUUGGCCAUUAUUCACAUCCCAUUAAAGUUAUGUAGUUACAGUUUUACCUUUGCAGUUUCAGUUUCAUCCAUUGUUAAACAUUUCGAAUGGACCAUUUUAUUUCUUGCUCAGUUUGCAUAUUUUAUUUCCCCUCAUUUUAAUAUCUGGACCAAUUUGCUGAUGUCUCUGUAUAUCUGUUUGCCUCGUUGUUUUUAUUUCGGCAGACUUGUGUCUGGAGUGAGUGCGUGUGUGUGUGUGUGUAUGUCUGUGUACAGAAGCAUGUUUGAGUGUGUGUGUGUGUGUUCUUAUAUAAUGUAUAUUUAAAAAAGUCUGUUCUUUAAUUGUUUUAUGCCCUAAACAAUGGGAGUGUGUAUUUGAUUGGUGUCCUACAUUGGCCAUAUCAGCUCUGUCUGAUUCAGCCCUUUUGAUGUAUUUGCACAAACCCUUUUUUUAUUUUGUGUGUCGUUAAUAUGAAAACCAAUAAAUACAGUAUCCAAUUAGAUCCCAGACUUGGUUUGGGGUCUUGAGGGGUUUGACCAGUAA